CUACCUUGUUCCUCGGCCCCGUCCCAGCCACUUUGGACCCCGAGGUCAGUCGGAAGCAGCCACCAAGUGGCGAGAGAGGACCUAGGGGUCCAGGCAGUGGGCACCGCGGGGAGUUGGGGAUGCGUACCUAAAGAGGAGCAUCAAGGGACAUAUUUGAUUCUGGACCCUUACCACCCGCCUCUCCGCCCACCCACCGGGGCUCCCCGAGGUCUCCGAUACCCUCGCCCCGCCCACGCUGCCUUGGGGUAGGAAAAGGAGUCUCCCUCGGCCUCUUCACUGGCUCUGAUCUCUCGGCGUAUCCCACUUGGGCCUCUAAAGAGCUUGGCUUGCCCUCCUGGAAAGUGGAUCCAUGACUUACGGCGGCGUGUACGGGGUGGGCCCUAGAGGCCUGCUCUGACGGGAUUUGUUCUUGCAGAAUCGCUCAAAAGUAGGGCUCCAGGGCUCGGAGCAGCUGGGUAUGGGCACCGAGAAUGAAGGCCCAGAGCCAGACUGCCAGAAGCAGUUCCAGGCUGCAGUCAGCGUCAUUCAGAGCUUGCCCAAGAACGGCUCUUACCGCCCCUCCUAUGAAGAGAUGCUGCGUUUCUACAGCUACUACAAACAAGCUACCAUGGGCCCCUGCCUGAUUCCCCGACCUGGUUUCUGGGACCCCAUUGGACGCUAUAAGUGGGAUGCCUGGAACAGCCUGGGCAAGAUGAGCAGGGAGGAGGCCAUGUCUGCCUACAUCGCUGAGAUGAAGGUGGUUGCACAGAAGGUGAUUGACACAGUGCCUCUGGGUGAGGUGGCAGAGGACAUGUUUGGUUACUUCAAGCCUCUGUACCAGGUGAUCCCUGACAUGCCUAGGCCCCCGGAAACCUUCCUGAGAAGAGUCACAGGUCAGAAAGAGCAGAUACUGAACAGCAAUGUUCGGGCUAACUUGGAGCCUCCCUACCCCGCCAAGGAACCAGCCCCUCCAAACCCAGAGUCCCAGCAGCCCAGGGAUUUGGACUCUGAGGUUUUCUGUGAUUCACUGGAGCAGCUGGAGCCAGAGCUGCAGGUUUGGGCGGAGCAGAGGGGAGCACCUGGAGGAGAGCCUGACACCAGGACCAGCCCCAAGUCCCCCAGAGAGCAAGAGGGCUUGGGGGGCAGCCUGCUGGGACCCCAGGAAUUCGACACGUGGCUGGUGGGGACAGUUCGGGCGCUGCAGCAGAGCAUGCAGGAUGUCCAGGGGAGACUGCAGAGCCUGGAGAGCAUGCCCUGCCCCCACAAGCAGCAGAGGCCCCCACCCAGUGCCCGGCCUUGGCCCUUUAGGCUCUCAGGUCCCACACUGCUCUUCUUCCUCCUGUGGCCCUUCGUUGUCCACUGGCUCUUCAGACAGUUUCGAAUCCAGAAGAGGUGACUCCAUGAAGGGGUCUCUGCAGCCAACUGAGGAAGCGAGGCUACAGGCGCCCGGUUCUGCUGUGUCCUGAGCCUUCCUAGAGUGGGGUGAAGAAGGCUUUAAAAUCACCCCCCAUCAGUGUUUGCCUUGACACCCCCUCCUCUAAUGGGGGCUGGAUAAGGCCGUACCCUUCUCUGCAGCUUCCCGUGAACAUUUCCUCCCCCAACAGCCCCUAGGAGGCUGCAGCUUGGUGCACGUUCCCGGUCCUUGGUUGGCCGGCAACACAGGGGGAUGCUGCGGGUCUCAGCCCCUGCCCUCUUUACCCUCCGACUCCUUCCACCCCAGCCUUUCCCCAGGAGGCUCAGCUCUUGGGCAAGCUGGGACUUGGCCCGGGGCCUGGACGAGUGAUUGGCUGGGAGACCUGGAUGAGUUGGGGAAGGGGAGGGGACAGGCCUCGGGGGAGAGGAGUAAGCACCGAUUUUGUUUGACCCUCCCCCACACACACUCAGGACGUCUUCGCUGAAGAUUCACUUUACAAAUGAAUGUUUCACUAAAUAAAACCUUAACUUGCUGCAGUCUGUGCCCCCAUGUAGUGAGGCGAGAAACUCGGCCCGGGGCGAGCGAGGCACAAGCCCCUUCCCUGCACCCGCACCCCCACCCCAAUGGCAACGCCCCUUGUUGAAGGCCCGGGUUGGUGUUUUUGAAUGAGGAACGUUUUCCCUCCUCAUAGGCGAGAGAAGGGAAAACAGAGGCCUCGGUAAGGAGGAAAGUUGGGGGGAGGAGGAAGGCCCCUGGGCGCCCUGGGCGGGGCGGGGGCCCCGGAGGGAGGGAGGGGCGCGGGCCCUACAACAGCCGCUGGGUGGGUGGUGCCAAGGGUGCAGCUGCGGCCCCGCCCUCCGCCCGUCGGGGCUCAGUCCUGGGCAGCCCAGGGGGCUGGAGAAGAAUAACACAGGCUGGGGCGGUUGUGACGGAGGCUCCGAGACCCGGUUCCCAGGAGCUGCCCGCUUACCCUUGCUCAGCCGUCCGUUCCGGGUGCCGUAUCCUCUUGAUCUCCGCGCUCGGGCUUUCCCAGGGAACUUUCUGGAACACCAAGGCCCAGAGGGAGCCUUAUCUCCGCCCUGCUAUGCGGAGUAGGGGGCAUGGCCCCACGCGGCCCGGAGCCCGGAGCCCCCGUCGGGGUGGGUGGAGCACCAGCGUGUGCACCGACCUUCGGGUGCCCGUGGCUGCUGCAGGCUGCUUGGGGUUCCGAAUUAAUUUUUCUCCCCGGCCCAGUGGCUUUGGCUUCCCUCCGGUCAUCGCCAGCCCUGUCGUCCGACACGGGCAGCCUUGGCUCCAGCCACGGGCCGGAAUUCCGUGGCAGAACUCGCCACUGUGAGCGCCUCCAAAGCCACUGGCCAGGGUCCCACCCCGCAGAAGACCGCAGCAGCCUAGAGUUCCCUGCAAUUCCCACCUCUUGGGACCCCAGGACCCUCCCGCCCGAGUCAGGAAGAGGCUGUUCUUAAGACUCUUCCUUGGAGACCCUUAACCUCCUGAGUUCUCCGUCAGCCCCUGGCCUUGACCAUGGGACGUAGCCAUCGUCUGCACCACUGGAAGCUACAGUCACUCUUUGCCCAUCCCGAAGUGGGAAGGGUACCCCUCAGGACAGACACAGACCCUGCUGCUCCAAAGGACCCAUUCAAGGGUCACAAGCAGAAAGGCUGCAUAAACCCCUUGUGAUAAGGAUGGACAACAGCAGGGCAGUGGGAGGGGAUGAAAUCAAUACUGGGGAUGCAGGCAUGGCUCUGAGGCCGGCUCCACCACUUGCACACGCUAGCUGUGUGACCUUGGGUAAGAGCCUUAACUUCUCUGAGCUUGGGCUCCCUUAUCUGUGAAGUAGGGGUGAUGCUGUCUUCAUCGUAAGGCAAUCCUGCUGUUAAAGUGAUCAGGGCAUGUAAAAUGCCUGGCCAAGAGUUAGAACUGAGCUAAUUUUAAGGGGUCUGGCCCUUUCUUUGCUCGAAUUCUAGAAGUAUCACAAAAUCUUAUCAGUCUGGCUGUCUUCCCCAACCCCACUCCCAGCUGGGUUUGACAAAUGAGACCAUGCUGCUGAGCCCUGCCAGUGAGCUGACACUGUACUCAGCUAUAUCUUCCAAAUCCCCUUACUGGGGGUACCCAGGAGUGCUCUGGGGUCUGAAAAUGUAACAAUUUGGAGGUCUUCUACUCCCAACUGAGUACUCUGCAAAAACCCUUUACCUCAGGGUGCUCCCAGUAUAAGGGUUCAGUUCCUGCCCUCAGGGAGUCUCCUGCUUCAUGGAUGGAGAAACACAGGGCAGACUUUUUAGAUAGACCUGAGUUCUAGGAAGUCCAGGGAAAACAUAAAUGAGAAGCUGGGUGGUCAAUUCCAAAACAUCUGAUGUGCCCCAGAGGCACUCUGCUGGCUUCUCACUUUGGAGACAGUCUACACAGGGCAUGUCCAUCACCACUGCCCCACCAUACACCUUACACUGACCCACAGAACCACUCCUGAGUCCCCAGACAAAUCUUUUCUUUGGACAUGAUACUCACUCUUCAUUAAAUGCCCUCUACAUGACACUCUGCCUGGAAAAACUCUUCAUCCUUUGGAGCCCAGCUAAGUCACCUCCUCCAUGAAACUUUGCCACAGUUCCCAACUCCCACACAGCUUGGUUCACAAGCUGCUAUCAAGAUUUUCUUCACUUGCCAUUUUGGGUCUCUUUCCACUGAAUUGUGAUUUGGUGGCCGUUCUACACAACCCGAGGGCAAGGAUGACAUUUUAUUCACCUUUGUGCCCUCUGAACAAAUGUUUGCCAAGUGAAGGAAUAAAGGCCUGAAUUAGGUUGAAGCUGUUGGGAAUGAAAGUAACUAAAUUUGGAGUUCUUGAGAAAGAAGACUUCAGGAGACUUUGUGACAGAAAGAAAAAUGGCUUGGGGGAUAUAACCUGCCUCCAUCAGGAAUUGCCACUUAAUUGUCAUUUGACCUUGGACAAGUCAUUUAAUUUCUGAGUGUCAGAGAUUUCUUAUCUCUAAAAUGGGGACUAUAAUUUAUACCCUGCCUAACUCACUGGGCUGUGGUGAGGUCAAAAAGUCCUGUAAAAAAAUGUUAUAUGGUGCAAAGUGGUAGGAACGUUUGCUAUUCCCAUCAACGGAUUAUGCUGGUGGUGUAGUGGUUAAGAGCUACUGCUGCUAACCAAAAGGUUGACAGUUCAUAUCCAUCAGGCCCUUCUUGGAAACCCUAUGGGGCGGUUCCACUCUGUCCUAUAGGGUCUCUAUGAGUCAUGACUAGGAUUUGCAGUCAACUCAAUGGCAAUUUUUUUUUUUUUUUUUUAAGGUUAAGGAAGAAAUAAUGAGAAUGGGUCACUGACUGGGUGGCUGGUGACUACCAAAGAUUUUAAGCCUAAAAGUGAUUAUGGCGGAUUCAGGUCCUCUCAGACCCUGUCUUUUGGGCAGGGGCUGGGAGUCUGAAGAAUUUCUCUCCACAGUCCUGGGCUGGAAUGCCCCCUGCCCGCCCCAUUUCGGGGCAAGGCCUCCUCCUCAGGGAAGCUGGUGGCUUCCCUCCGGUCUUGGCCAGUGCCCACUCAUGAGGAAGGGCCUCUGCAGAUGCUACCCCGUUUUCUUUCACUAGCCAAGGUUGAUGAUUUAAAUUCAUUAUUAAUUUCGAACCCCUCCCCAACAAAGGCACCUCAGUUGGCAUGGACUCCCUCAUCCGGGUUCAGGAAACGCUCUUGGUCGGAAGUGAAGAGACCAAGUCGGCCCCUGGAGGCCAUUUUCUUCGACAGAAGCUGAGGCCCGGGGGUUAGGCCCUCCCGCCCCGGCUCUCCCCGGCUCCCACCCUGCGCUUUCCGAUCCCCACCCUGGGGAGAGGCACGGCCGCGGAUCACCAUUUUGCAUUGGCCUCUGUGGCAGAGGCAGCCCCAAGAGACCGGGCCAGUGGCGGGUGUUGGAGCUCGGCUUCCUUCGCUCAAAGGGCCGAGCCCAGACCGAGGAUCGUCACCCGGGACUCGAACCUGCCGUCUCAUUUUCCGCGGCCUAGUCCGUGGUUGCUACGCUAAACGGAGUCACGCUGUCCCUUUAAGGCGGCGCUUUUUAUUUUUCAUUUGUUUACUUCUUGAUGCGCUUUUCGUUUUAUUGCAAAAUAUGUUCACUAUAUCCUUCCGCAAAUGCCAAUUCCAGGCGUUAACCACACACCUUGAAGCCAUUGCUAUAAUCUUAAGAGUUGAGAGUUAAUAGCCGUGGGCCAACUUCUCUCUUUAUAGAAUUUAAUCCUCUUUUACAUUUUGGGGACUACUUUUUAGGGAUAAACCAUUUUUUGCUUUCGUUAACAAAUGCUUGUACUUUUCACAACCCUUCUGCUGAGGACAAAAUGCAAUAAUAUCCUUUAAAACGCACCUUUCCGUAAAAAUAUCCUGUGCGGGCCCUCAUGGGCCACCGAAUCUUGCCGUAUCCCUGAAGCAUAAUGGUAUGGCCCAGAACCCGCCCCUCUUCUCUGCGAUUGGCCCUCCUUCCUUGGCGAGCCGUGUGACUCUUAGCCAAUGGUCUCUUACGUUUCCCUAGCGAGGGCGAAGCGAGGGAAUGAGUAGGCCUGGGAGACGCCCCCUACGGGUCCUGGGAUUGGUUACGUCGCACGGCACGCUAGGACGGCGGGCAUAAAAGAUGGGAACUACGAUUCCCGGCUUCCCGCGACGGGGACUCCGUUACGCAUGCGCGGGGGCGGAGCGGCUGGGCUUCUAUAUAAAAGAGGCGCAGAGGGCUGGGAGACAGCAGUUGGAAGUUGGCAGGUGGAGAGGCAGGUUGGGAGGGGAAGUCGGGGGAGGAGGCGGAAGAGAAGCUGUCGGAAGGGGGAGGAGGGAGGGAGGAAAAGAGGAGGAGGCGGAGGAGAACUGAGCUGAGCAGAGCAUCGAGCCAAAGGGGAGAUGAGUUUGUCUGUCCUCGGCUGAGGCUCCGGCCGGGCCUAGGGAACUGGGAGCUCGGGUUGGAGCGACACCGUGGAAGUGGGAGGAGGUGGCUCAGGGACUUUAACCCCUUGUGGGCUCUGCGGCAAGGGAUUUAACCCUUUGUGGAUCCGGCCCCUCCGAGGCAGCGUCAUCGGAUAGUUUUAACCCCUUCGGGGCUAGGUUUAACCCUUUGGACUUAAUCUCAUCUCUUUGCCCACCAACUCU